AUGCGUAACGGAAAUCGUUCGCGCGUUUCUUCGUCGUCGUCGUCCGGGGGGCGGCGAGAGGUGGUAACACACAAUCAGAUAUCUUAUCGAGCGACCCUCGUCCGUCGCGCGUCAGAACGCAUCGCGCGGCCGCACGAAGCGCCGCGUCGUCGCGCCCGCGCGACGAUGACCACGGCGACGGCGCCGCGCGCGCUCCGCGUCGUCGCGAGCGCGCCCUCGCGCCGGCUCGCUUCGCCCGCGCGCGGCGUCGCGCCACGCUUCACCCGGGCGCGUCCGCCGCGUCGUCCGUCCUUCCCACCCGAGAUCGAGAUCGCGCGCGGGUCCGUCGUCGUCGCCGCGCUCCCGAGCCUCGUCCCCGAGAACGCGGACGACGCGCUCGGGCGCUUCCGCAAGGUCAUGUGCGGUCUCUACCUCGCCGGCGGCGCGCUGCAUUUCCCGGACCUCUUCGGGAGCGGCCCGAUAUCCGCCGCGUGCGGGACGUCGUCGUUCUCCGACCUCAGCGUCGUCCUUCAGGCUGUCACGCUCGGGUGGUCCGUUCUCGGCCCCGUCGCCGCGUUCGGGCUCGGCGCCGGCGCGUGGUGGGGCGAGGCGAUCUUGGUCUUCGUCGCGAGCGCGGAGAUCGUGCUGGGCGUGGACUUCGCGGACGCGAUGGCGCCGGCGGCGAUACCCCCGCCCGUCGUCGCCGCGCAGGUCGCGUGUCUGUUCUCCAACGUCGCCAUCCGCGGGUGGAAGACGACGGAGGGGGCGAACGCGUCGGGCGGGGGGGAGGAGUGACAGCGAUGGACGGCGCGGGGUCGGGGUGUGGCGUGGCGCGCGGUGGCGUGAUAGCGGCGUGUGGGGUGAUGUGUUAGCGAUGUGAUGCGCGCGACGACGACGGCGUCGCGUCGCGCGUCCUUCUCGAAUCGAAUCUUGUGAGUCU